GGGAGGAGCCAAGCGCGGCCGCCGCCUCUGCCGGAGGAGCCGCGGGGCCGCCACACUCGCCCCCCGCCCCCCCGCGCUCACUCGCACUCACACCCGGGCGCAGGAGGCGGGCGGCCCGGGCCCCACCGGCCCCCCAUGGACGCCCCCGGCACGGGGCGCUGAGACCCCCGCGUCGCUGCCCAGCCCGGUCCAGCGCGCCACGCCGAGGGACCUCCGGACAGGACAAGAUUCCGAAGCUACUCCCCCAGCCCAGGACCCCCCCACAGACCCGGCUUCCCCCCCAACCCCACUACCUGCCACUCCCUGGCCCCUCUCACCGCCCGCCCCCCUUGGGGCGCAGGGCAUGGUGUGAAAGGCCAAGUGCUGAGACGGGCACCAUGGGUGCUGGGCCCUAGGGCCUGGGUGGCGGGGGGUGGGCGGCCUGUGGGCGUGCCGGGGGGGCCAGUGUGCCCACCCCAGUCUCUUGGCGUGCUGGAGGGCAUCCUGGAUGGAAUUAAAGUGAAUGGAACAGAAGCCAAGCAAGGUGGAGUGUGGGUCAGACCCAGAGGAGAACAGUGCCAGGUCACCAGAUGGAAAGCGAAAAAGAAAGAACGGCCAAUGUUCCCUGAAAACCAGCAUGUCAGGGUAUAUCCCUAGUUACCUGGACAAAGACGAGCAGUGUGUCGUGUGUGGGGACAAGGCAACCGGUUAUCACUACCGCUGCAUCACUUGUGAGGGCUGCAAGGGCUUCUUUCGCCGCACAAUCCAGAAGAACCUCCACCCCACCUACUCGUGCAAAUAUGACAGCUGUUGUGUCAUUGACAAGAUCACCCGCAAUCAGUGCCAGCUGUGCCGCUUCAAGAAGUGCAUCGCUGUGGGCAUGGCCAUGGACUUGGUUCUAGAUGAUUCGAAGCGGGUGGCCAAACGCAAGCUGAUUGAACAGAACCGGGAGCGGCGGCGGAAGGAGGAGAUGAUCCGAUCACUGCAGCAGCGACCAGAGCCCACUCCCGAAGAGUGGGACCUGAUCCACGUUGCCACGGAGGCCCAUCGCAGCACAAAUGCCCAGGGCAGCCAUUGGAAACAGAGGCGGAAAUUCCUGCCGGAUGACAUUGGCCAGUCACCCAUCGUCUCCAUGCCGGACGGAGACAAGGUGGACCUUGAGGCCUUCAGCGAGUUUACCAAGAUCAUCACCCCGGCCAUCACCCGCGUGGUGGACUUUGCCAAAAAACUGCCCAUGUUCUCUGAGCUGCCUUGCGAAGACCAGAUCAUCCUCCUGAAGGGGUGCUGCAUGGAGAUCAUGUCCCUGCGGGCGGCUGUCCGCUAUGACCCCGAGAGCGACACCCUGACACUGAGCGGGGAGAUGGCUGUCAAGCGGGAGCAGCUCAAGAAUGGCGGCCUGGGUGUCGUCUCCGAUGCCAUCUUUGAACUGGGCAAGUCACUCUCUGCCUUUAACUUGGAUGACACGGAAGUGGCUCUGCUGCAGGCUGUGCUGCUAAUGUCAACAGACCGCUCGGGCCUGCUGUGUGUGGACAAGAUCGAGAAGAGUCAGGAGGCGUACCUGCUGGCGUUCGAGCACUACGUCAACCACCGCAAACACAACAUUCCGCACUUCUGGCCCAAGCUGCUGAUGAAGGUGACUGACCUCCGCAUGAUCGGGGCCUGCCACGCCAGCCGCUUCCUCCACAUGAAAGUCGAGUGCCCCACCGAACUCUUCCCCCCACUCUUCCUCGAGGUCUUUGAGGAUCAGGAAGUCUAAAGCCUCAGGCGGCCAGAGGGUGUGCGGAGCUGGUGGGGAGGAGCCUGGAGAGAAGGGGCAGAGCUGGGGGCUGAGGGAGACCCCCACACCUCUUCUCUCCUCCCUCUCGUCCUCGGAUAGAUUCAGCUCCCCACACACCCCCCCGCAUUGCCCCGUCCCUCCUCAGAACCUCCAGCCCUGGGGCAGGGCAAACAAAUGAACUUGCUAUGAAAAGGACAGUGUGGGAGGUGGGGGGGGGGGUCGGGGGUCGGGGGGGGGACCGUGUCCUGCAGUUCCCAGGACCCCGUCCUCCGAGAAGGUAGGAGAAGGGAGGGAGAGCUAAGAGGGGACAAGCCAUCUUGACCGUAGGGGAUGGAGGAAUGUGGGAUGGGGGAAGAUGCCCUCAACUCACCCCCCCUACACACACACAAGAGAGAGCCCCCCGCCCAGUCUCUUGGCCUAGGUUCCCCCUCCAGGCUAAGGGCCUCUCUGCUUCCCCAGAUGCCUGGGUGCAAAGAAAGGCUUGGCUUGGCUCCUCCCCUGGAGGUUAAAAAUUACAGUCAUUCUAACUGCACUUUGGAAACCAGGCACGGAGAGAAGAUAAAUGAAGAAGUACUAGACAGAGGAAAAAAAGAGAAAAAAGAGAGAGCGAGCGAUUGAUAGAGAGAUGAUAUUAAGUUAUUAACUGAGGCUGGCCAGAGGGGAGGACCCCCCCAACCCCCAAGCACUUUGAGAGCUGCCCCUCCUCCCCCCAAAUCAGAGAGAACUGCCCCCCACACCAGGUCCCCAGGGGUAGGGCUGCCGAUCAGAGCUGUGAGUUGAUACAACAGGGUCCUGGCCACGCCCCCUUGCCUUGCCCCUCCCUCUGUGCCCCUUUGGCACCCCCCCGCGCCAGUACUCCCUCUGCUCUCUGCCACUCGUGCCCGCUGAGUUCCAUCUACCUCUCACGCUGGAUGCCAACUGGCCCCUCACCAGCCUGCCCUGCUGCCCGCACAGCUCCCCUUUCAAGUGCCCAGCCCCAGGGGCCUCUCCCUGUGCCCCCCCCCAGCUCCUUCCGCAUCGUGGCACCCACACAGGAAAAACUGUGGCUCAAGGUCCCGCCCUCCUCACAUCCUGCAGUAUUAGCUACGAUCCAGAUGCUGCUGCCCUGGGGGGUGGGGGGGGUGUGCGUGAGCUUCUCCCAGAGCCUCCACCCCCAUAGGCCCCUGUUUCCAUCUGUCUGCUGGGCUCUCUCUAACCCCUGCCCUCCUCCUUUCCACUCCCACUCGAUGCACUAUCCCAGACUCUGGGCAGGCAGGCACCGGAAUGGGGGUGCUUAGAUAAAUGGCACUUAGUCGAAGCCCUGGGGGAGGGGGUGGCUGGUGCGCCUCCUUUUUUCUUUGAAGCUCUUUAGGCCAGCCGCCCCUGUGCCCCUGGAGCCCCUUUCCCCUCUUCUUUUCUCUAAUUCAGGGACUUUGGCUUGAGCCACCUCCCACCCUCCUGGUGAGGAGUGCUCUGUUGGUCUGCACUUGGGUGAGCUGCCCUCCUCCUCCUCCCUUUGGCUAUCGCCCACUCCGCAGGGGAGAGAGGGAGGGAGGAGGUAGCCCUCUGAGGGUGGG